AUGGUCGGCGCUUACAUUCGUGUUUCUUUGUACGUGCGCCUUCCAUGUCCUCAACACCCAAAGCGCUACCUCUUCGAGCACGCUGCCGACAGGUCGUCUUUGCGCUCAUCUAAUGCCACGUGUGUGGGGUUCUCCUACUGCAACAUCAAGCUCAAUAAUGUCCGCCAUGAUGCCAACGACAACCUAAUUAAGGUCUGGAAGUUCGGCAUGGCCUUGCCGCACAAACGACAACUAAUCGCCUGCAUGAGGCCCGACUUCCUCUGCCGCAAGGCAUACAAUGGUGUCAACGUCGAUGUCGAGUCAUGGCGGUCCUAUUCAACCUCCUUGUUGGCUGCUUGCCGUUCGACAACAUUGCCAAGAGGUGCAAGAAGGCUCACCACCGUCUGCUGGUUGCUUCGUUUUGUAACAGGACCGUUGGCAUAUAGUGCUAAUUACCGGCACGCAUGUCACCUCUUUUCUGUUGUCGCAACCCACAAGCCUUGCCACGGUAUGAACCUGGUGAACACCGCUACAAAUGACUAUCCCUACAACCCAGGCACAGGUUUCCACAGGGUCUACAGUAACCCAGGAUCGCAGAUGUCAGGGAAGAAGAUAAUCCUCACAACUUGCAAGCACAGGGUUCACGAGAAGUUUGAAAAGAAGGUUCACACUUACGACCUCAGUUCUCAGGAUCUGGAGACCAUUCUUUCUGUCACCGAGGAAAGCACAUCGGCAUACGGAUUUAUCUAUGAUAAACCACUUCCUUCAAGAUUUGGUUUGUUUGAAGACUGCCUUGCUCCAAUGCAUAAAACAGAUGAAGAGAUAACCUUGUCGUCUACCCUGUCUAAGGCGGUAAAAGAGAUCUUACUCCGCCUCCCAGCUAAAUCAGUGGCACAGUCCAAAUUGAUCUGCAAGCAGUGGCUCAGGUUGAUCAAGAGUGAAAGCUUCAUAUGGUCAUACUUUGCGCAUAAGAACAUGGGCAGAAGUCCAAAGCUCAUGCUUGUCGGUAAGGGUACUGGACAAUCAGCCUUCUGUUUUGCUCCCUUGGAUACAUGGCUUAGUGAAGGUCCUAAUCAUUGUGUGUCGCUUGAUACAAAGGUGGUUUGCUCCAAGCCUUGCCACGGGAUGAACCUGGUGAGCACUGCUACAAAUGACUAUCUCUACAACCCAGGCACAGGUUUCCACAGGGUCUACCGUAACCCAGGACCGCAGAUGUACCUAGCGUUGGGAAGCCAAAGAAUUAAUGCGUCAGAAAAACAUGCAUUUGCAGUUGGCGGCAAGAAUGUUGGCCUGACUUUCGACCCUUUGUCUCGUGAGCAUGUUAUUGUGGAAAUCGUCUAUCACCAGAAGAACUUUCAUUCUCGUGGAUAUAGGUCAGUAUGCGAGCUGCGGUGGUGUAGCUCCACGGAGCUUGCCCAUGAGUACUUGGUGCCGCUGCCGCCUCUGCCCGUGAAUGACAUGCCACCCGCCUAUGUCGGAGGCGUGCUGUACUGGAUGAGUGACCCAAGGCUGGGUCGGAGCUACGAACGAGCCAUCGUCUCUUUCGAUAUCUCUACGAGACUUUUUGAUACCAUCCAUUGCCCUUCGUGCAUCACGGUAUGGAGUAAGAGGAGCCCAUGCAGUGCAUUUGUGGUAGAGCUUCAGGGAGCAUUAUGCGCUGUUCUUGCAGAUCCAGUGACAAACAGUUUAGACGUAUGGAGGCUAGAGCGUGGGCGUUGCAUAUGGGGCAGAGCAUGGGUGAUUCGUUUGGAAGCGUCGCCUGACUAUUCUCUUGUGACAAAUGUUGUGGUGCCAUUGGCUGUUGAUCCCAAAGACGGGGGAAUCCUGCUGAGCACUGGCAGAAAACUAGGUGUCUAUGAUCCGCUCAAGCAAACAAUUCAGAGUCUGUAUUCGCAAGAUCAGUUACUGCUUGCCACAAGUUCGCCACACCUAGGAGUCCCUCAACGAUCCAAGUUUACUUCAUCGGAGGAUAAUUCAGCAUUGGACAGUGAGAUUCUGCCGCUUGUUCCUAUGGUAUAUGAGGAGAGCUUGGCUUGUUAUCCCCGUGUGGGCCUAGGAAGAUGGUUGUCAUUCUGCUGAUUCAUCGUCAAGUGGUUACUGAUGCAGAUGGUCUGAAGUAGAAUUUGCAGUCAAAAGAGAACUCAUAUGGAGUCAUAGACUCACAAAUUGAUUUGUG